AUGGCGGGGAAAGUAGACAAGACCAAGAAGCUGGAGCCCGUGCCCAAGCCGGACGAGAAGUUAUACAGGGACCGCGUGCAGGCCGAGACAGCGGCUAUUGAGGAGCUGAAGGCGAAGAUCAAUGAGCUCCAACAAAAAAUCUCCGCCGUCAUCGGCGGGCGGGAGGAAUACAACAUGGAAAAGCAAAAUAGGCAGGCCCGCCUAGAUGCUCUGCAGAAGCAAAUUGAUGAGCUCGAGGAAAAGCGCAAAGUUCUCUUCGAGAAGAUCCAGUCAAAGCAGAAAGAGGGUGCCGAAAUGAAGCAGUCCGCAUCAGAUCUGCGUCGGAAGAUCGGUUUCUCGUCCAUUGAAGACAUAGACCAGAAGGUGGCGGCCCUAGAGCACAGCAUGAUGACUUCGACACUUUCUCUUAAGGAGGAGAAAAGGCUGUUGGAGGAAAUUAAGAGGCUUAAGAACAGCAAACCCCUGCUGUUUAAGUACCAGGCGCUCGAGCAAAACGCCAGCAGCAUUGAGGAUUCAUCCGUCGUACCUCUGAGGGCCAUGCUGGAUGAGGUUCGCACGAAGUUGCUCGAGCUCCGCACGCAAAAGCGCGAGGAAAGCCAAAAAUACAAGGAGCUGCUCGAAAAAAGGCAGAGGGCGACUGCUCCUGGCCGGGAAAUGAUUGAGGAAAGGGACCGUUUAAAUAAGGAGAUGAGCACGCAUUUUGUGAACCGCCGAGAGAUUCUAGCGGAGCUGAAUCGCGAGAUGCAAAAUCAUCAAGCCUACAUGCAACAAGUGAAGCGUGAACGCGGCCUCAAGAUGCGUGAGGAGCGUGAGAGGCGCGACUUGGAGAACGAGCGGUUCCAGCUAACCCGCGACCUGGAACGGGUCGAGUCGGAGUUACCGUACGAGGCAGAGUGUCUGCUGCUCUCCCAGACCAUUCAAUACUUGCAAAAGAUCAUUGAAGAGCCCAGUACCGCCACAACCGAAGAGAAGAAGGCAGAUGAAGAAGAUGAGAACCUGGCAGGCGCUCUUCUACCAAAGAGUCAGCGAAAGGAGGUCUUCUUUUUCGCUCCCAAGCAGAAGAGCAAACAGGGGAAGGACCAUGAGAAGAAAAAGGAAAAACCUAAGAUCCUCAAAUACGACGUGGGAACCCUGACCUACUUCGAACAAUGCGGAGUAAGACGCCACAAUGUAGUUUUAGAUCAGCGACUUGGAUGUGCAGCUUUAGUCUGUCUGUCCAUGCUGGUUUGUUGUGAACAGCUGACUGCACCGGUUACGCUAGAAGACAUUCCCUCCUGCCUGGAGAAGCUUGACGCAAAGCUCCGAAAGUACAAAGAAAUGCAACAAGAGAGCGCUAUGAAGGUUGAUGAACGGAAAGCGGACAUCAUGGCAAAGAUACAGACAGUGAACGAGAAAAUCGCGGCCCUAGCAAAGAAGGAGAAGCUGACAGAGGAGAAGGACGGAGAAACCGCGGAGGGGAGCUCACCUACCCCGGAGGAGGCUGACGAAGAAUAA